ACUGAUAUCACGUGUCACUGUUCCUCGGCGCACGCUGAUUCUUUACAGCGGCAAAUCAGUGAAAAGGCCCAUCUUGUCGCUGCGCUGACCAACUGGUGAAGCAUUCAUCUGCCACAUAUAGACCAACGCUGCCAAACUGAAGAACCACUUUGUAGCCAUUAUGCCGCCUCCUAUGCGUCAUCGCUCCAUGCGCAUCUUUGUGAACGACGAUCGCCAUGUGAUGGCCAAACACUCUGCCAUCUAUCCCACCCAGGAGGAGCUGGAGGGGGUGCAGAACAUGGUGGCCCACACCGAACGUGCCCUCAAGGCUGUCUCUGAUUGGUUGGACGAGCAGGAGAAAGGAAAUGCCAAAGUGAAUGCCUUGGAGUCUGAUGAAGAUGGCGAGAAAGAGACUGAACCGAAGUCAAUGGAGCAGCCCUCACGUUCUUUGCGUGGAGUCAUGCGUGUGGGGCUGGUAGCUAAAGGCAUCCUGCUGAAAGGAGAUCUUGAUCUGGAGCUUGUGCUGUUGUGCAAAGACAAACCCACCAUCACCCUGUUAAAGAAAGUUUCCGAGAACCUCGCUGUGCAGCUUAAGCUCAUCACAGAUGAAAGCUAUGACGUUAAACCGUGCGUCCGUGAUGCCACCAUUGUCAUCAAGAACUCCAAGGAGCCACCGCUGACCCUCACCCUUAACCUGACGUCACCUCUCGUGAGGGAGGAGGCUGAGAAGCAGGCCGCCGGAGAAACGCUAUCAGUCAACGAUCCCCCGGAUGUACUGGACAGGCAGAAAUGCCUGACUGCCUUGGCGUCCCUCCGCCACGCCAAGUGGUUCCAGGCCAGGGCUAAUGGACUACGCUCCUGUGUGAUUGUCAUCCGUAUCCUGAGGGACCUCUGUGCGCGUGUUCCUACCUGGGCCCCUCUGCGAGGAUGGCCCUUAGAGCUGCUGUGCGAGAAGGCGAUUGGCACUGGGAAUCGGCCAAUGGGAGCAGGAGAAGCUCUCCGUAGAGUUCUCGAGUGUCUCGCAUCUGGAAUCCUAAUGGCUGAUGGUUCAGGCAUUUGUGACCCUUGCGAAAAGGAGCCAAUGGAUGCCAUCAGUCACAUGGAUCGCCAGCAGCGGGAGGACAUCACCCAGAGUGCUCAGCACGCCUUAAGGCUUUCAGCUUUUGGACAGCUGCACAAAGUACUCGGCAUGGACCCGCUUCCUUCAAAAGUGCCCCGAAAACCAAGGAGUGAGACACCUAUUGACUACACAGGUAAAAUUCAAAUCCCACCCAGCACAACCUACAUGCUGCCAAUGAAACGCCCCAUAGAGGACGAGGAGGCUACUGAUGAGAAGAAUCCAAACAAGAAGAAGAAGAAAUUGCAAAAGAAAUCUCCAGAGGAGAAGGCAGAGCCGCCACAGGCCAUGAAUGCCCUGAUGCGUCUGAACCAGCUGAAGCCGGGUCUGCAGUACAAACUCAUUUCUCAGACUGGGCCCGUUCAUGUGCCGGUGUUUACUAUGGCCGUAGAGGUGGACGGAAAGAACUUUGAAGCUUCUGGUCCCUCCAAACGCACUGCCAAACUACACGUAGCUGUCAAAGUCUUGCAGGAUAUGGGUCUGCCAACCGGAUUGGAGCAAAAGCUAGCUGAAAUGGUGAAACAGGAGGAGCCGAUGACCACACAGGAGACUUUGCCCACUGUGACCCAAAUGGAGCCAGAACCAGCACCAACCACAGACAGCCCCACUGACGAGAGCGCUCGGCAGCAGGGGCCCAUCCUAACCAAACAUGGAAAAAACCCAGUCAUGGAGCUGAACGAAAAACGCAGGGGACUGAAGUACGAGCUCACCUCUGAGACCGGCGGAAGCCACGACAAACGCUUCGUCAUGGAGGUGGAGAUCGACGGACAGAAGUUUCAGGGAACCGGCUCCAAUAAAAAGGUGGCGAAGGCUUACGCAGCACUUGCAGCCCUGGAGAAGCUCUUCCCAGAAGGCUCCAACUCGGAGGCAAACAAGAAGAAUAAAAUGCCUCCAAUGCACCCUGCUGGAUUUGGAAUGGUGAGUGGGCCGCCUGCUGACAUGGCGGUCAAUCCCAGGGGCAGAGGAAGAGGACGUGGUAGGGGCCGAGGCCGGGGAUUUAACAAUGGCGGAGGAUUCUAUCAAGGUGGAUAUGGAACGUAUGGAUAUGGCGGCAAUAACUCUGGCUACAGUGACUUUGUCUCAGACUCCUAUGGCUACCACGAGUUUGCGACAUAAACCGCCCAAUGUUUUCAAUAAGCACGCAAACGUGAAACGAAAAAUAGAGACAGAGGGGAAAAAAACACUGGUUACCCGCAUUAUGAACUCGUUUCCUUGUGAUGUUUCGCCCACAAUCUCACCUCAAAAAACCUGCACCUACGAUCAACUAACACUGUGGAUGUGAACGGGAGUUUCUGCCUGUGGAAAUCAAGAAAAGCAAGAUGUUCUGAUGUAUUAUUUGUGCCGCGAUCAGCGCAGUCGAGCAAUGUGAUUGGCUGAUGGAUGGUCACAAAGUAGCGGACUGCCAUUUCAUAAUGACUGCAUCUUCACUCUGAAGUCACUGUAUAAGCCAUUUUUUGCCAACAGUUUAGUUGUUUUUCCUGGAAUAAUGCUCCCGAUGGAUUUUUAAUUAUGGCACUUCCAUACAUUGCCAUGUUUUUGUUUAUUUAGUUUUCUUUUUUAAUUGUGGUCAAUGCCAUUUAUUGUGAGAAACUGGGUUUGUGAGAGGAGUAGGCACCGAUUUUUAAUAUCAGAAUGUUAUCAAUUCUGUGAACUGUUGAA